UAAUCUGGUUGAACUUGAUAUUCUUGUGAUGAUGAAUGUAUCAAAAAGUCCUCAAGAUAACGAAUGAAUUAAUAUUGAAAUUUGUGCGAGCCUAACAUUGGGAAAAUGGCAGCCGCCGUGAAAAAGAGACCGGUCUCAAAGCCGAAGAAAGAUGAGGUGUCUAAACAAUCUAGAGCAACAACUCAGGACCUGGAUCAGCCAUGGACACCUGCUGGUUACACAACAUUCAAAAUUCUUAUGUCUGCUCGAUUGUGUGCAGCGUGGUGGAGCAUCAUUACAGACUGUGACGAGACAUUUAACUACUGGGAACCGACUCAUUUCCUGCUGUUUAACAAGGGAUUCCAGACAUGGGAAUAUUCUCCAACCUACGCCAUCCGUUCCUAUGGCUACAUCUGGCUCCAUGCUCUACCCAUCAAAUUAUACAAGAAAUUUUUGGAUACAAAUAAGAUUGUGUUGUUCUAUCUCCUGCGCUGUAUCCUAGGAUUUAUCUGCGCCCUGUGUGAAACCUACUUCUACAAGGGAGUAUGUAAGCACUACGGGGCCAACACUGGCCGACUGACAUUGUGGUUUCUGCUGUUCAGUGCUGGAAUGUUCAUCUCUUGCUCCAGCUACUUGCCCAGCAGUUUCUCCAUGUAUCUCACCAUGCUGGCCAUGGGGACGUGGUUACUCAGACAGUAUCAUCUGUCCAUCCUUGCAAUAGCAGCCAGCACCAUCAUAGGCUGGCCAUUUGCUGCAGCACUGGGGAUACCUAUAGCGUGGGAUAUUCUGCUCCGACAGAAGGACAUCAGGACAUUUGUGGUGUGGAGCUUCAUAUCCCUUGUUCUCUUCCUGCUGCCCUUGGUUCAACUCGACUCCUUCUACUACGACAAGUUGGUGGUUGCACCCCUCAACAUCCUACUCUACAAUGUCUUCAGUGAUCAUGGGCCAGACUUGUAUGGGGUGGAGCCUUUCUCCUUCUACUUCCUCAAUGGAUUCCUCAACUUCAAUGUGAUGUUCUUGGCUGCCCUGGUCUGUUUACCUGUAGCCAUAAUUGUUCGCUGGGUGGUUCGCUCAUCGGACACUUGUAUUCCAAUGUGGCUGUCCUUGGCUCCAAUGUACAUCUGGAUUGCCAUUUUCUUCACCAGGCCUCACAAGGAGGAACGAUUUCUGUUCCCAAUAUACCCCUUCUUUGCCCUUGGAGGUGCUAUAUGCCUGGAUCAUAUACAGAAACUGUUGAGCUAUCUGUUCCCUAAGAGAUCAGCCUACCACUACACGGAUCACACCAACUGGAUAUCAGUGUUUAGUGGAGCCCUUUUCACGCUGCUGUCUGUGUCCAGGAUCAUUGCUAUUUACCAAGGCUACCAUGCGUCUAUGGAUAUCUAUGUAGAGUUGAACAAAAUGGCAAAUGACCCGAAGAUUCACACACUACCAGCUGACCGACCAGUCAACAUCUGCGUGGGCAAGGAGUGGUACAGGUUUCCAAGCAGUUUCUUCCUUCCUCAUGACAACUGGCAUCUCCAGUUUAUCAAGUCAGAGUUCAGAGGUCAACUACCCAAAGCUUAUGAAUCAGGACCUGAUGCAACAAGAAUUAUUCCGACUCACAUGAACGACCUCAAUCUGGAGGAACCUUCUAGAUAUAUAAACAUCAGCAGAUGUCACUAUCUGAUUGAUCUAGAUUUAGACCAGGAGUCCCCUCAUGAACCACGGUAUUCACAGAUGGAGGACUGGAAAGUUUUAUCUUCCGUAAAAUUCUUAGAUCCAACGAGAUCUCAUCGGCUGUUGCGAGCGUUCUACAUUCCAUUUGUAUCAGCAAAAUAUUGCACUUAUGUGGACUACAAUCUCCUUAAAACAACCAGAACGAAAAAGUCUAGAGGGAAAUCAAGCUGACUUAGACAUGAGUUGAUCAAAAGUCACUGACACCUGUUUAAGACUUCUUGUUAUCAU